AUGACCACGUCCCUCGACUACCUCAAACAAACCGGCACCGUCGUCGUCUCCGACUCCGGUGACUUCGAGAGCAUUGACGUCUACAAGCCGCAGGAUGCCACGACGAACCCAUCGCUCAUCCUCGCGGCUACAAGCAAGCCCGGAUACGCUCGUCUAAUUGACAACGCCGUCAAGUACGGCAAGAGCAAGGGCGGUAAUGUCGAGCGGCAGGCCGCCGUGGCAAUGGACAGACUCCUGGUUGAAUUCGGCAAGGAGAUCCUGGCCAUUAUUCCCGGCCGUGUUUCAACCGAGGUCGAUGCGCGCCUCUCCUUCGACAAGGAGGGCACCAAGGCCAAGGCCAAGGAACUUAUCGCACUCUAUAAGUCCGUCGGCAUCUCAAAGGAGCGCGUCUUGAUCAAGAUCGCCUCCACCUGGGAAGGCAUCCAGGCUGCCCGCGAGCUCGAGCGCGACGACGGCAUUCACUGCAACCUGACGCUACUCUUCGGUUUCGGUCAGGCUGUUGCCUGUGCGGAGGCUGGUGUCACUCUCAUCUCACCGUUUGUCGGCCGUAUCCUUGACUGGCACAAGAAGAACAAGCCCGGCCCUUCCUACGAGGGCGCUCAGGAUCCUGGUGUCCAGUCGGUGCGGAAGAUUUUCAACUAUUACAAGCAGCACGGCUACAAGACGAUUGUUAUGGGUGCUUCCUUCCGUAACAUUGGCGAGAUCAAAGAGCUGGCUGGUGUUGACUUCUUGACUAUCGCGCCCGCCCUGCUCGAGCAGCUCAAGAAUGAGACCACCCCCGUCCCCAAGAAGCUUGAUGCCCACGCUGCCGCGAAAGCUCAGGCCUUGCCCAAGGUCUCGUACGUCGACAACGAGCCCGAGUUCCGCUGGGUACUUCUCCAGGACUCAAUGGCUUUCGACAAGCUGCACGAGGGCAUCAAGAAGUUCGCCGAGGAUGGUGAGACGCUCAAGGAGCUCCUGCGCAAGAAGAUUGCCGCUUAA